GUCGACCUUGGGACAUUCACUAUUAUCUGUCAUUCCCGCUCACACCCACAUAAUAAGGGAUGCCAUUGUCAAUGUCAUAUCAAGUGCGAAAACGAUGACUAUCACUACACCGACCUACACCGCCGGAUUCACGGCCGUGACUUCGCUCGGUCCAUUAACCACAACAUUCGUGCCGCCCGAGUCGUGCUUUCCACCUAUCCCAUCUACGGAUACGGAAGAUGGAACAAGUUUUUAUAAGGUAGGCACCGUAAGCGCAGAUGAUGGUUGUCUACCUCCGGACUGGGUGGUCAACGGUUAUUACUCGCCGGGAGUAUGCCCAUAUGGUUAUUCGGCGGUUUGCGAGGCGGCAGGGGACAAUGUCGAGACGACAGUCUGUUGUCCAUAUUACCGUCCCAACUUAUUUCAAUGCUCCCCGACAAUAAAAUUUGGCAGCUACGGAUGUGGAUUUUACACCAAUGAUGGAACAGACAAGCCGUCGAUUCUCUUAGCACCUAGUAUCCUAAUAGUAAAUGCAGCGGGUGAUAUAGAAGGUAGUCUUACGGGGACCUCUUCUUCCGGAUCGGUAACAUCCAAUGAAGUGAUACCGACCGGCUCAACGAAUACGAUUAAUUCGAACCUAUUCACCUCGAAUACAGCCGACCCAUCAAGGACCCUCGGCGCGGGACCUUCUUCCUCAGAUAUUUCCGCCGUAGACACCUCCGCACAACCCGAUUCGGACUCGUCAAGCUCAGGUCUUCGGGUAUUAGGAGGUGGAGCUAUUGCGGGGAUCGUGGUGGGAGUUGUAGGUGCCUUGAUGCUUGGAGCUGCGGGUACCUUUUUCUACAUGCGUCGAAGGUCAGCGGGUAGCCCUAGCCCGCCGCCUUCAUCCCCGUCGCCACCUACUCUUCCGCCUCGAAACCCCGAAUUACUCGUACAUGAGCUCCAUGAUAAGUCCAGACCGCCCGAGAUGCCAGAGUCAAACGUGCUUUACGAGCUCCAUCAACCCCAUAGUCAAUCGGAGAUGCCCACGUGGAACGAACGCAACCCCCAGGGGCCGAACAGGCCAAUGGCGUGGGAACUACCCGGAUAGUUUAUACGGCUUGAUUGUGGCAUAUAGGAGUAGAAAAAGUACUGCGUGGAGCAGUGGCGUUUCAUCGUCGUAGACGGGUUCCGGUCUAUUGAAUUUAGAGCGAGGCGUAUAUUUCAGGGGUAGCGAGUGUACAUACCGAUGAUACCAUCAUUUGAUCAUACCUCCUAAAAGGCUUGUAGAGCAGAUCUAUACAUUUGAGUUUGGCUGGCUCAAUAACAAGAAGCACUUACUAAACCCUUCUCGGUGUAUGCAUCGAACGACGAAUGGGUGCGUCGAGAUAGUUGCAUUGGAAUAAUUAACCGAAUGAGCUGAAGACAACAUCAAGCCUAGUGUGGCUCGAGAACUUUAUGAGAGCUUAACCUCUAACGUUACCGGGUUACAAUUUGGUCACAUUAGGAUUUUGUAUCGUAGUAAGCUCUAAGGUUGAUACCCCCUAUUAGCCUUAGGUAGGCAGAGUUAGUGCUGUAAUUUUCAGCUCAUCUUUUUUGUAGUUGAACCGGCUACCAUGCAAAGAUUAGGGAGACAUCAGUCUGAGUCUCGAGCCUUUAUAGCAGCACCAGUGCGAGCUAGCCAGGUCUAGAAUGAUCAGUUGGUUAGACUAGGUUUAUCUCGAUGCAUCGGUUGAGUGAUGACUUUUACAUAUUUG